CACUUUUAUGCGGGUGUUGUCCGUCCCACGCUCACUCACGGCUGCUUCCAUCUAUCCCUGCACUUCUCUGCUCUCAUCAAUUAGGCACAAAUUAAGCCGUUGUAGAUGCUUUAACUGCCGUCCUUUCGCAACUUUGAAGAGGAUUGCGUUCCGCGGACGGGGGGUCCGGACAAGUUUUGUGUUUUGGAGUGCCGGGGGGGAAACGGAGAAGAAGCGAAACGCAGUCAUGCCCUCAGUGAUGGAGCGCUCUGGGGCCGGGGUCCUGUCCAGGAGCAGAGCCAAAACUGUCACUAACGGCAGCAGCCAGCCCCACUCUGAGGAGGAGAGCAGCGAUGAAGAGCACGCUCAUGACAGCAUGAUCAGAGUCGGAGGAGACUACCAGGCCCAGAUCCCAGAGUUCAAACCAGACAGUCCAGCCCGCUACAAUGAGAAGGACCAGAGGAGCAUGCUGGUCUGGUGUCCUAACACUCAGCUCUCAGAUAACAUGUUGGAUGAGUACAUCCUAAUGGCUAAAGAAAAACAUGGAUACAACAUGGAGCAGGCAUUGGGGAUGUUGUUAUGGCACAAACACGACGUGGAGCGCUCGCUGGCCGACCUGGCCAACUUCACGCCGUUCCCAGACGAGUGGACGGUGGAGGACAAAGUUCUGUUUGAGCAGGCCUUCAGCUUCCACGGCAAGAGCUUCCACCGCAUCCAACAGAUGCUUCCAGACAAGCUGAUCUCCAGCUUAGUGAAGUAUUACUACAGCUGGAAGAAGACCAGAACCAGAACCUCCGUCAUGGACCGACAGGCCCGGAGGCUCAUCAACAAGAGAGAGAAAGAUGACAGUAACGAUGAGAUCGAGGAAGGAGAGCUGGGUGAAGACAGCGACUUCGAGGUCGACGCAAAAAAAGAGGCCGUAAAGCAGAACAGCAGCGGCAGCAGCAACGCAGAGAAAGCCCCGCCCAGCCGGUCCGGCCCGAUGAAGAAGGAGAGCAUCGGGGCUCAGUACAGACACCACCCGCUCAGAGCUCGCCGCAGACCACCCAAAGGCAUGCAUCUGGACCAGACCGACAUCACGGCUCUGUCCACCUCCCACGAUGCCGGGGUUCUGUCCGUACGUCAGCUGGACACACACCUGGUGUCGCUCAAGAGACAGGUUCAGUCGAUCAAACAGACCAACAGCAGCUUGAAACAGAGCCUGACUGAAGCCGUGAACGUUUUCAGACCAGCAGAGCCUGCCCCGAAGAUGAACUCUCGUUGGACCACAGAGGAGCAGCUGCUGGCCGUGCAGGCCAUCCGUCGCUACGGUAAAGAUUUCACAGCCAUCGCCGAGGUGAUCGGCACCAAGACGCCUCCUCAGGUGAGCUCGUUCUUCGUCAGCUACCGGCGGCGCUUCAACCUGGACGAGGUGCUGAGGGAGUGGGCCGCCGAGCAGGUGGCCACCAGCCGGGACCAGAAAGACGCCCGCAGGAGCAGCGAGGAGCUGGCGGCCGACGGAGGAGGCGGCGAGGAGGAGGAGGUGAAGAUGGAGGACUCCCCUCCAGACUCCUGCAGCUCCUCCUCUCCUCCCUCCGUCACCCCCUCCUCUCUCUCCCAGCCCCCACCUCUUUUGCGCCCGGCCCCACCCUCCGCCCCACCGAGCCUCCUCCGCCAGCCGCCGCCUCUCCAGACGCGGCCGCUCCAGAACCGAGCGCCCCACAACCACCCCCCUCCUCCGCUCAUCCGGCCCGCCGUCACCUCCUCCUCCUCCAGUCUCAGGGGUUCUCCGCCCAGCUCCUCGUCCGCUGGAUGCCAGAUGCCUCCGUCGCUGGUCGGCCUCAAAGUGGAGCAGCCCAACUCGCACUGAUGCUAGCUUCUUCGUCACAUGAUGGCGCUCAGGUGAACAGCUACCUCCAAACUGCGGCUACACCGACCAACCGACACGAAACACGAAACCCACCAAACCGGAAGAGAAACACGAACAUCUGAAAAACAGGAGGAGUCCCCCACAUCUGAGCCAAACCUGCGUUUUUAAGACGGGUCAUGUGAAGAAAUUGCUUUUAUUUCUGAGCUUUACUUUAAAUUUUUAGACCCUUAGAGCUGCAGUGUGUAACUUUUAUUAAAAAAAAUG